UAGAUAGAGAGAGAGAGAGAGAGAGAGAGAGAGAGAUAAAAGGAGUGAAGGUCACAAGUAAUGACCAAUUCCCACUCACUUUAUUGAAGAGCACGGUUCUUCUGUAUGCAUACAGCAAAUAUAUAUAUAUACAUAUAUAUAUGCUGAUAAAAAGAAAUACAGUUCAAUAUAAAUAGUGUGAUAUUACAAAAGGGUCAAUCAUUACAGUUAACAGUUUCACAAAAUAUUCCGACAAAAAAAAAGAUGAGAUCAUCAUCAUUAGCUCACUAUAAUCAUAGUAGUAAUGGGGUAUGCCAGUUCUUGAUUAUCAUGAUGAUUACUGCAUUAUUUGUCAACGAAUGCAGCGGUGUUGAAGGGUACAAGAACUACACGGUGGGCGAUUCUCUCGGCUGGUUCGACACUCUCGAAAAACCCAGCGUCGAUUACCGCAAAUGGGCCGCCGACAAGAUUUUCAGCCUCGGCGAUUUCCUCAUUUUCAACACGGACAACAACCACUCGGUCAUCCAAACGUACAAUUUCACCACUUACAGUCUCUGCGACUACGGCGACUCGCUCAACAACGACACCAUCGAGUGGUCAGCGGCCGACCCGUCGUCCGUUGACCCGCGGCCCGUUUCCGUGUCGGUCCCUCUAGUGAAAACCGGAAUGACGUAUUUCUUCUCGAGUGACUAUGAUGGGGAGCAGUGCCAGAACGGGCAGAAUUUGAAGAUCAACGUGACGUACGGGCAGGGGCUGCCGUCCACCCUCGUGACCCCUUCUGGCGAUUCUCCGGCCCCCAUCAGCCCAGAAUCGGGUGAUGAAGAAGCGGCGCCGGAGACUUUAGUUCCGUCGAAUUUCGACAAUCCUAAAGAUAUUAGUGAUGAUGAGAGUCAAUUACCAUCCAAUGCUGUUUCUUUGUCAGGAUUUUACAAGUUAUUAAUUGGGGUUCAAGUUGUGGUUGGACUAUUUUCAUUUUAAUUAGUAAAUAAUUAUUAUUGUUUUUUUUUUCAUUAUUAUUUAAAUAUAAGGUGUGUACUAGAGGUGAUCACAUGUAUCUUGGUUAUUUGUUUUGUGAUGAUACUUUAUGUAAGGUUUUUUGAAUAUAAACUCGAAAUGAAAUAAAUUUAUACAUUUUUCAAUUGGUAA